AAUCACUGGGUCCUGGCCGGUGAUCGCCGUGUAAAGCUGACAGAGGAGAGACCUGUGUGUAAACAACACAGCAGAAAAACAGGAAGCAGCAUGUUUCCCUAGUAAAACAUACACAGCACAUAAUGUAAAACACACACAGUUAACCCUUUGAUCGCCCCAGAUGUUAACUCCUUCCUGCCCAGUGUCAUUAGUACAGUGUCAGUGCUUUUUAUUAGCACUGGUCACUGUAUUAGUGUCACUGGGGAUGUCAGUGGCAGUUAGUCAGUUUCCACCCAGUGUCAGAAUGCCCAUCGCAGUCCCGCUA